GCCUUCCAUCUCUGCGUUACGCUAAAGACGUAACCCGCGCAGCUCGCCGGAGCCGCGCGCCCUCCGCGCUACGUCCUUUACGUACCGACGGCUCUGGAGAGAACCAGGCAGCGGGGAGAGAAAGAAGGAAAAGACGCUGCUGUGGAGUGAUGGUUAGCUGGUCAGUGAGGGACCGGACAGCCCCGCAGCCUUCCUCCUCCUCCUCCUCCUCCUCCUCCUGCAGCAGCAGAAGCAGUAAUGCCUGAAAACCAUGUCUCACACAGAAGAUAAUGAAGGGAAAAGCAGAGGCCACGGCUCUGAUUUGUACCUGAGCGUCCCUCCGGCAUGCCUGCCCAUCGUGUACCACCCCGACUACAACAUCACCUUCAUGGGCAUGGAGAAGCUCCACCCGUUCGACGCCGGGAAGUGGGGGAAAGUCAUCCACUUCCUGAGAGAGGAGCAGCUGGUCACCGACGGGAACAUCGUGGAGGCCCGGGAGGCGACGGAGGACGACCUGCUGGUGGUUCACACCAAACGCUACCUCAGCAGACUGAAGUGGUCUCUGGUGGUGGCGACGAUCACAGAAAUCCCCCCGCUCAUGUUCCUGCCGAACUUCCUGGUGCAGCGGAAGGUUCUGCGGCCGCUGCGGACCCAGACGGGCGGAACCAUCAUGGCGGGGAAGCUGGCGGUGGACCGAGGAUGGGCCAUUAACGUCGGAGGAGGCUUCCACCACUGCUCCAGCGAGAAGGGAGGAGGCUUCUGUGCGUACGCAGACAUCACGCUGGCCAUCAAGUUCCUGUUCCAGAGGGUGGACGGCGUCUCCCGGGCGACCAUCAUCGAUCUGGACGCUCAUCAGGGAAACGGACACGAGCGCGACUUCCUGGACGACCAGCGAGUGUUCAUCAUGGACAUGUACAACCGCUACAUCUAUCCCGGGGACGGCUACGCCAAGAGAGCCAUAAAGAGGAAGGUGGAGCUGGACUGGGGCACCGAAGACGCCGAGUACCUUCAGAAGGUGGAGCUUCACUGCGAGGGAGCGCUCAACGAGGUCCGGCCCGAUAUCAUCGUUUACAACGCAGGGACCGACAUUCUGGAAGGAGACCCGCUGGGGGGGCUCUCCAUCACCCCACAGGGCAUCGUGAAGCGGGACGAGCUGGUGUUCCGGGCGGCCCGGCGGCGGGGCGUCCCCAUCCUCAUGGUGACGUCCGGGGGUUACCAGAAGAGGACGGCCCGGAUCAUCGCCGACUCCAUCCUCAACUUGCAGAGGCAGGGCCUGAUCGGCGCCGAGGCCGCAGACGGCGAAGGGAGCUCAUCGCUGGCCACCCACAUGGCGUGCAGCGCCGGGUCGGCCGGGUCCAAACACAGCGCCGUUUGACCAGAUCUACACCUGACCGGUGUGGAAAUGAGAGGCUCUGGAGGGACUUCAUGUUACACAGUGUGUGUGACAAGCCAUACACGAGGGAAAAUUCCCUUUCUAAUGGUUUUCUAACAGUAAUCAGUGUCUGGACAGCCUGGAUGAGGAGCCAGAAGUGAAGAAAGGCUCUCAUCUCCCACAUUCACUCCACUUCCUGCUCAAACAGGAGAUUUUACCUUCAUGAUAUCCUGCUGGGAAAUAACCCCUCCCUCUGGAAAUAACCCCUCCCUCUAGAAAAAACCCCUCCCUCUGGAAAUAGCCCCUCCCUCUAGAAAUAGCCCCUCCCUCUGGAAAUAACCCCUCCCUCUGGAAAUAACCCCUCCCUAUGGAAAUAACCCCUCCCUCUGGAGGAGGAGCUCUGCUUUAGUGACUACUGAAUAAAUUCAGUAGAAGAAGAAAAACCCUGAGAGCUAGCAGGAGCUAGCGUUAGCUAGCAGGAGCUAGCGUUAGCUACUUGUAACAACAUGAGCUCAGACUCAGUGAGACACUCAGAAGCUUCUUCAGGAGCUUCUCCUUCUGGGCCUCGUUCUGCUUCAUCUGGUGGAACCACAGCGUUUCUCCAGUCCACCGGAAACAGUGCAGGGAACGGGAAAGCCUCGGCUUCUCCAGGGUUGCCAGGUCUGACUCACCGUUUCCAGCCCCAACACAACGUCAAACAGGGUCAAAUGUGAGCCUCUGCAGAACUAUUAACUGAGUAAUAGAGAUCAGCCAUAAACACACACUGCACUAAAUAAAGAAAAUAACACUAACGGGAUCCAGAAACCUGCUGGACCUGGCAACACUGACCUCCUCCCGCAGUGGAGGUGGACGGCCUGUUCUCAGUAGAACUCACUGGAGGGACUUGUGGACCGGCUGAUUUGGGGGAAAACACUUUGAAUCCAGUGUUGUUGGCAGAUGACAGAUCUGAGGAGCUGUUGGAAACUGGAUGAUAUGGGACCUUUAAAGUGGAGUUUGCACUUUAAAAUGCCAUUUAAAAUAAGAAUUAAGAGCUUUUGGUGAUUUCGUAACGUUUGUACGAACAAGUUACAUGAAGGGAUUGAUCACUGGAGAUGAAACGCUUGUGAUCUCGAGGCUGCAGAGGAUUUAUAAAGAAUCUGAAAGUGAGGUUUAGAUUUUAAUCAGCUGCAGGGUAAUGGGUUUUCUGCUUAAUGUAUGUUUGCAGAGGGACUCUCAUCUCAGGAAAUAAUAUCGUUUGUGAAACAUAUGAUGUAUUAAGCUCUAUUCUUGUGCAUUCAUCGGGAGUCAAUUAAUUAUCUUCAGUUUGUGAAGGUGAACAUGAAGGAAAAGAUAAUUAUACAUGAAACUUUAUCUAAUGCUGAUGUUUAACCUUCUCACAUAAUGUCUCUCAUUUCUCAGUGUUUGGUUUUAUAAAUUACUCAGUCUAUUGGUAA